AUGCAUAAUCCAAAAGCAUGGAUUACGAAGAUGCUGACCUCCAACUGGUUCCACCAGUGUUUUAUCCCACAAGUCAGUAAAUAUCUCUUAGAGAAGGGCUUGCCAUUUAAGCUCCUUCUCCUUAUGGAUAACGCUGGUGGACACGCAACUGAUCUGUCGCAUGAGGGCAUUCAGGUUGAGUUCCUGCCACCCAACACAACGUCAUUAAUUCAACCGAUGGACCAGGGGGUUAUCAGGGCGUUCAAGGCCCUCUACACGAAGAAUACCUUGGCGGACCUCGUUGCAUGUGUGGAUGCUGCCCAAGAUGAUGAGGAUGAAACAUUCAAUUUGAAGGCAUACUGGCGGCAGUACACAAUAGCCACGUGCCUGCAGAACAUCCAGAAGGCACUGAAAGAAAUGAAACCUGCUACUGUUAAUGCGAGCUGGAAGAAGUUGUGGCCCCAGAUUGUUUACGAUGACAAGGGAUUUACACCUGCUGAGAUUCAACACUCUGCAGUACGGAAAUCUGUGCAGUUGGCUGCGAUAAUUGGAGGUGACGGGUUUGGCGACAUGACGACUGAAGACGUUGACGAGUUGUUGGACUGCCAUUCCCAGCUGCUACUGACGCAGACCUCGAAGACUUGA